UGGACGGGGAAGACGACGACGACGAUGUAAAAUCACCAUCCCGUUCGAUCAAAGCAGCAUGAUAAGCUUAAUCGGAGCUUCUCGAUUACUCAGUAACUAUCCGGUUAAUCACAUCCGCAGUCUCGGUAAUUCCUUCAGGUUCGAUCUGCGGAAGGUCGUAGUUCCUCGUCGCAGCUUCACGAUCAUGGCUUCCGCCGGCGAAGAGGUCGUCAAGUGCUCCGUUCACCCCAACGGCGUCGCCCUCAUCACUCUCGACCGCCCUAAAGCCCUCAACGCCAUGAACUUAGACAUGGACGUGAAGUUUAAGAGCUUCCUUGAUGAGUGGGAAUCGGACCCCAAGGUGAAAUGCGUUCUCGUCGAAGGCAGUUCGGCUCGUGCCUUCUCGGCAGGAAUGGAUAUUAAGAGUGUUGUUGCCGAGAUUCAAAAGGAUAAGAAUACACCUCUUGUGCCGAAGGUAUUUUCUGCCGAGUAUUCUUUGAUAUGCAAAAUAUCAGAGUACAAAAAGCCGUAUGUAUCAUUGAUGGACGGCAUUACAAUGGGUUUUGGUAUCGGCCUGUCUGGUCAUGGUCGGUUCCGUGUAAUUACAGAGAGGACACUUCUUGCUAUGCCAGAAAAUGGAAUUGGUCUUUUUCCUGAUGUUGGGUUUGCAUAUGUAGCAGCACAGAGUCCAGGAGAGGGAUCUGUGGGUGCCUAUCUUGGAUUGACAGGAAAAAGGAUCUCGACGCCCUCUGAUGCACUAUAUGUGGGUCUUGGAACACAUUAUGUGCCAUCUAGCAACUUGGGUUCCUUAAAAGAGGCUCUUUUGGCUACUACAUUCUCGGAAGAUCCCUUCAAGGACAUUGGGGCACUUUUGGCAAGAUUCAGUGGUGAAUCUGAAUCAGAGGCCCAGUUAAAAUUGCUCUUACCUCAUAUCGUCGCAUGCUUUGGUGCAAAUAAAUCAGUUGUGGAGAUAACUGCAGAGCUGAGAAAGCAUCUGCAGAGCUCUGAUGCCAAAGUGGUUGAGUGGGCUACUGAUGCUCUUCAAGGUCUUGGGAAAGGUGCUCCUUUCUCUCUUUGCUUGACACGGAAACAUUUCUCAAGAGUUACAUCAGCCCUGAGAAACAAUGAUGCUGAAUUGUCCAGACUGAGUGGUGUGAUGAGAACUGAAUAUCGGCUAGCAGUAAGGUCUUCUCUGCGAAAUGAUUUUGCUGAAGGUGUCCGUGCAGUACUGGUGGAUAAAGAUCAGAAUCCAAAAUGGCAACCAGCGGCGGUGGAGGAAGUCGAACAAAGUGAACUGGAAGCGCUCUUUGAACCACUGGCCCCAGAAGUCGAGUUAAAAGUAUGAAGCUCACAUAUAAGUACAUAUUGAUGUCUCACCUUCUAUAUUUGGUUGAUGCUCAUGGCUUGUAAUCCUGCUCUGCGGAGGAGGAUUAACACCGGUUUCACUCGAGCAGCAAUUUAACAGUUUCGGGGAUCCUGGCAAUGUAAUAAUUUCAGACACGCCAUCAGCUGGUUUGUAUAUGCCAUUAGUCAUUGUGCCUUGUCCUUC